UAAUCAUAGAAAUAAAUAAGUACUAAUGUAUAAAAUCACAAAAACAAUGAAUAAAAUUUGAAACAACAUAUAUCUUAAGAAUAUAAACGAUAAUGAUUAAACUUUAAUAUUCAACAAACGAAAUAAAGUUUUACACAUAACAUAACCUUUAUCUGAAUUAAUAUUUGUGAUAAUUAUGAGCAGACUAGAAUUACAGCAAACUUUAAAAGGACACACUGGCAGAGUCUGGUGUGUCUCAUGGCACCCCUUGGGUACAGCCUUAGCCACUUGUGGAGAAGACAAAACAAUUAGAAUUUGGGGUAUUGAUGGUGACAAAUGGGUUAUCAAAACAAUUCUCACCGAUAGUCACACGAGGACUAUAAGAGAAGUUGCCUGGUCACCUUGUGGAAAUUAUAUUGCAUCAGCCAGUUUUGAUGCAACCACUUCUAUAUGGGACAAGAAGAGUGGGGAAUUUGAAUGCUCAGCUACUCUAGAAGGCCACGAAAAUGAAGUCAAAAGUGUUGCAUGGUCACCCGAUGGGCACCUAUUAGCAACUUGUAGUAGAGAUAAAUCUGUUUGGGUUUGGGAAAUUGCAAGUUCCAUUGAAGAUGAGUUCGAAUGUGCUGCAGUUUUAAAUGCUCAUUCACAGGAUGUUAAAAAGGUUAUUUGGCAUCCUACAUCUGAAAUAUUAGCAUCUUGCAGUUAUGAUAAUACAGUAAAAGUUUUCAGAGAAGAUCAAUCAGAUAAUGAUUGGAUUUGUACUGCCACGUUGGAGUCGCAUACUUCUACAGUUUGGAGUUUAGCAUUUAAUAAAACAGGUGAUCGUUUAGUGACAUGUAGUGCAGAUGAAACUAUUAAAUUUUGGCAAGUUUAUAAACCUGGAAAUAAUCAAGGCGUUGCUACUCCUGAUAAUGAAAAUGUUUGGAAAUGUGUCUGCACUCUUGGUGGUUACCAUACCAGAGCAAUAUAUGAUGUGGAUUGGUGUAAAACAUCCGAUUUCAUUGUCACUGCUUGUGGAGAUGAUAUGAUUAGAAUUUUUAAAGAAGAUGAUAUUAGUGAUAUCCAUGCACCAACAUUUAAUUUAGUUUUAUCUGAAAAUAGAGCACAUGAUGAAGAUGUCAAUUCGGUUAAAUGGAAUCCUAAAAAUGUAGGCAUGCUAGCGUCUUGUAGUGAUGAUGGAACUAUUAAAAUUUGGAAGUUUUCACAUUCUGAUAUAUUAGGCGAUAAUAAAUAGAAUUUGUUUUUAAUAAUGAGUUAUUCUAAUGUUUAUAAUUGUAGUAUUUGUUGGUAAAUGAAUAAAGUGUACAAGAAAGUGCACUUUAAAUACAAAUAUUUUUUAUAUAAUGAAUAAUAAAAAUAAAUUUAUUAUUGUUUC